AUGGAAUCGGUUGAAUCGGUGAUUUCUACCAAAAUGGAUACACGAUUAGUAUGUGCUACAUCACGCGAAAGUCUCGAAGCCUCAAUCGUAUUCACUGACGCCGGCACUGCUGGAACGGGUAGUGAGUUGAGUAUGUCGGACGAGAAUCUUGAGAGCUACUCAACACCUACGGGGAGUUCGCUACAACUGGAUUCGAAUCGCACUUCGUCUCGAAAUCGCCACACCCAUCGUCGACUUAAACGCACAAGCAGCGCUUCAACAACAACCACACCACCAAUUACGAUGUUUUCAGACGUGAUAGAAGACUAUCGUCUUCGUCCCUCUACGAAAUCAGAAACCAUUGAACGUUACAAAAUUCCCUCCCUUAAUCUAUUCCCACUAACCUUUGCUCGGGUCCUCUUUUCCUUUUUCUGGACAAAGCGCAAACAGAGUAUACAAAUCGAAAUGAUUUUGCGAACUACAGUACUUCUGUCGUUGAUCUUUCUGCUAUUUAUCACAUCUGAGGCAGCCUUCAGCCGAGAUAGGUUUAUGGUAAGAAAAGGUGGCCGUCUCGAACGUCUUCAGAAGAGAACAUUGUAUGAAUGGAGAAAUGCACAUCGCCAACCACGACAUCGUCAUCAUAGACAUAAACGACGUCGUCAUGAACGAGAUGGUGGUAUGAGAAUUGAGCAUGUUCUUGCACAAAUGGAUUCAUUUGUUCGUCCACGAUUUGGACGAUCUGCAGGAUUUCUUCCAGUGCAAACUUGA